UCCGGGAUCAGCAGAGGGCGCGGCAGUCCUCGCGGGACGCAGAGACCGUGGCAGGAGCAGCCUCGCGUCAGGCUGCCCAGCAGCGUCGGGCUUGUGGUAUUGCCCAGCAGCUGUUCGACGUAAUGCCGAGGCCUCGUGCCAGAGCUUUCUAUAGCACACCGAGGGCUCUGCGGUUUGGUUGUCUGCGGAAGGACAACCUGGUCUGACCCAGAAUGCAUCACUAUGCUUACCGUACCACCGUACCAAUGUCUGUUUCGCAAUUUGGCAACCUUCCCGUCUUAUCUUAUAAAGGAAUGCAGGUUCAUCUUAUUAGGCCGCUCUGCGGAUUCUGUGUUUCUGUAUUCAUGACGAAAAGCAGCAACGGAUUGGCAAAAAAUAAAAGGAGAAUGAGAAAGCCCAAGCUAUAGUCUUCAGUCUUCACUGAAGCACCACAGCUUGUGGAUAUUUUGGGCACAGACAUUUGAAAAUCGGACUGUGUUGCAAGAAUUCAGGGAAUUUGCCAGAUAGGUUGUUGUUGUGCAAGAUCAGAGCCGACAACAGCCUGCUUCCUCAUAAACUCUACCUUCUGAACAUCAGGGAAGUUGUCCGACUAGAAGGUUUUCUGAAAGACCCAACACUGUCAUAUACUGCAGUUGACAUAUAUAUACUGGAAUUGUUUCAUUGAUAUGAUUUGCAAACAAUACAGGCUCUUGAAGCAUUGGAGCUCUAGAGUCUUGGGGAAGCGGUCCAGAUAAAGAGUUCCUGGAGAUAUCUAAGAACGCUAACAAUUCUGGUAGCAGUGGCAGCAAUCCUGUCAAGCCAUUUGAGUUGAGGUCAAGCAUUUGUUCAAAAGUCAUAAAUAACAGUGCUGUUGGCAGCCGGCCCCUUAUUUGAUUACAAGAGAUAUUUUACAUAUCUGACAUUGGAGAAUACAGUUCAAAACCAAGCAGGGGGAAGAUCAACUAUGCCUGCAUCUGAAAUGUCAAGUUAAUUAACAUCCUUCUGUCCUUUGAGCCACAAUGGAAAAUGAGGUCCCAUUUUGGUACUUGCAAAAUGAGCCUCAUACAAGUUAAAUGUGGGGAUCCAAUUUGAGCUGAUAGUUAUCAUGCAGCCCACGAAGCGUGUGCACGAGCCACUGUGUGCCCCUGAGAAUUUCUCCUUAUUGAUCACAAGCAGUUCUCGUGCAUGGUUUGAAAAGAAAAGAAUCAGUGAAACUUGUUUCAAGACACUGUUUGGAUCCAUAUACCAUGGGCCGCAGUUCCACCAGCUGAACUCACACUAGCGACAUUUCCAUUGUAAGCUGUUAUGUACAGUACGUGGACAGCUGAAAUGUCAACCCCAAGAUCCUCUCAACUCGAAGCAGAAUUCAAAGCUUUGCAUUUUCCAGUCAUCCGCUUUCAUUAUCAACAUGGCGUGAGUGCUGGAUCCGGUCAGCAAUUUGUCAAGAAAUUAACGCUGUUCUGGUAGUGAAUAAGAUGGAUUCCACAUGUCAACAAAUGGACACUGGAAUGUCUGAUUAACAAACAGAUUGACAGUUGAUCUUGUGUUGUUAAAAAAGAAAGGGGGUGAACAUUUAUGAAAAUAGAUUGCUAUAUAAUUAGGUGCUUGACAGAGUAAAUGUCAACUAUCACCUUAAUUAUUGCAAAGAUCCUUUGUAUAUACAUACUGUCACUGCUGCAUUUGAACAAGAAGCAGUCUGACCAGAAUAAAGUGUUGAUACACCAAAGCUAUCCGUCUAUAUAUCUUAAUGUUUCAGUCACUAGUCUGACCAGUAAGCAUUGACGGUGGCACCCCAACUCCGACGUGGACAGCUGAUUUGUCAAGUCUCAGCUACCAGAAUUCCAAGAACAUUGCAUUAUACAAUCAUCUGCUUCCGCGGUCGAAUAUUCGUGGAAGCUGUGUUCGUCAAAGCAUUGCUUGCUUCUGGGCCAAGGACUGGUACAGUUACUUAAUCCUAGUUUUUGUUUUGUUUUGCGUGAAGUACUUAAUUGCCCCCACUUGUCCUAACUAGUUACUUAAUUGCUCCUAGUACUAAGAUCUAGGCCCGAUCAUUCGAUGGAUUGGCCGGCUCUCACCAGGUGCACCACGAUCAUGAUCCUUCUUUUCAUGCCGUUGAGCACUUCCCAAGACCGGCUUGUCCCUGGCAGGGCGCUGUCCCCUGGUAACGCCAUCGUCUCCGACGAUGGUGGAUUCGCCUUGGGCUUCUUCAACCCCUCGAAUUCUUCUCCUGCAAGCCUGUACCUAGGCGUAUGGUAUAACGACAUCCCCGAGCUCACCGUCGUGUGGGUCGCCAACCGAGAGACUCCAGCCACCAACACAAAUUCCUCAGCGCCAAAGCUCUCCCUCACCAAUAGCUCUAAUCUGGUUCUCUCCGAUGGUGAUGGCGGCCGGCGUGUCAUUUGGACGACAACCAACGUGGCAACUACUCUGGUCUCGUCUACCCCGACUGCGGUACUCCUGAACACCGGUAACCUCAUCAUCCGAUCAUCAAAUGGCACCAUGUUGUGGCAGAGCUUCGACCACCGCACGGACACGUUCCUUCCCAGCAUGAAGCUCGGCAUAAACUACAGGACGCGUACCACCACCGACCGCCUAGUAUCCUGGAAAGGCCCCAGUGACCCCUCACGGGGGCGCUUCUCCUAUGGCAGCGACACGAACAGGUCGUUCCAAACCUUCUUGUGGGACGGCGAGCACCCGGUAUCUCGUGCCGCCCCCUGGACAGGGUAUCUAGUGAUGAGCCUACGCCAACAACAACUCCUUGGGGGCACAAAUAAUAUCAGUGACCUUAUCAUCUACCUAGCCUAUGUCAACAAUGACGAUGAGGCAUACGUCACUUAUAGCCUCUCCGACGGCGCCCCACGCACCAAGAUUGUGCUAACCUACUAUGGCGAGUUUCAGAUCCAAAGCUGGAGCAGUAAGUCAUCAGCAUGGGUUGUCCUCUGGAAGUUUCCAUCUGCUGAAUGCAACCAUUACAGUUACUGCGGCCCGUAUGGGUACUGUGACGAGACGGUCGAGGCACCAGCCAUGCCAACAUGCAGGUGCCUCGACGGCUUUGAGCCGAGUAGCACCGAGGAGUGGACCAGCGGCAGAUACUCGGCGGGGUGCCGACGGAAGGAGGCACUACGAGGGUGUAGUGACGGCUUCGUGGCCUUGUCGGGGAUGAAGUCGCCUGAUGGGUUCUUGUUUAUUGGUGGAGGUAGGAGUAAGUAUGAGGAGUGUGCAGCGGAGUGUAGCCGCAAUUGCUCCUGUGUGGCAUAUGCGUUUGCCAACCUGAGCAGCAGCAGGCUUGGUGGACACGUGACGAGGUGCUUGGUGUGGUCUGGAGAGUUAAUAGACACAGGAAAGGUGGGGCAGCUCAGUGGCGAGACACUCUAUCUUCGACGUGCAGGCAUGGAUGCAGCCAAAGGUAAAAGAAAAAAGAGCAAUGCAAUGAGGAUUGUGCUUCCAGUUGUAGGCUCUGGUGUUCUAGUACUCAUAUGCAUCUCCCUUGCAUGGCUAAUAUUCAAAGGCAAGAACAAGAAAGGGACAACGCAAAAGAAUAUAAGAUUGGAGGGUAUGAGUAUCUCUGAUGAAUUUGAAGAAGAAAACUCUCCCCAUCAAGAAUUUCCAUUUGUAAGAUUAGAAGAAAUUGCCCUCACAACCCACAAUUUCUCUGAAACAUGCAUGAUUGGACGGGGAGGCUUUGGUAAAGUAUACAAGGGAAUGUUAGGUGGUCAAGAAGUUGCAAUCAAGAGGCUAAGUAGAGAUUCUCAACAAGGAACAAAGGAAUUUAGGAAUGAAGUAAUUCUAAUUGCCAAAUUGCAACAUAGAAACUUGGUUCGACUUCUUGGAUGCUGCAGUGAGGGAGAUGAAAAGCUCCUGAUAUACGAGUAUCUGCCAAAUAAGAGCUUGGAUGUUACCCUUUUUGAUAAGUCGAGAAAAUUGUUGUUGGAUUGGGCGACACGCUUUAGUAUAAUCAAAGGGGUUUCAAAGGGACUUCGGUAUCUUCACGAAGACUCAAGGUUCAUUAUAAUUCAUAGAGAUCUCAAAGCUGCAAAUGUUUUGUUAGAUGCAGAUUUUAAACCCAAGAUAGCGGAUUUUGGUAUGGCGAGGAUCUUUGGUGAUAACUUGGAAAAUGUGAAUACCCAACACAUUGUUGGAACAUAUGGUUACAUGGCUCCUGAGUAUGCAAUGGAAGGUGUCUUCUCUACCAAGUCUGACGUCUAUAGUUUCGGCGUCUUAUUACUGGAGGUUGUAACUGGUAUAAGGAGAAACUCCAUUAGUGAAACCAUGGGAUUCCCUAGCCUCACAGUAUAUUCAUGGAAUAUGUGGAAGGAAGAUAGGACGAAUGAGCUACCAGACUCAUCUAUCGUAGAUACUUCACCAGAUGAAGUUCUGCUUUGCGUCCAUGUAGCACUCUUGUGUGUCCAGGAGAACCCUGAUGAUAGGCCGCUCAUGUCAUCUGUUGUGUCUGUCCUAGAGAACGGGAGCACCACACUUACAUCUCCCAAUCACCCCGCCUACUUUGCGAGACAAAGUGCUGUAGUGAAUCAAAUCAGAAUUGAUGUUCAGACAUCCGUGAACAGUUUAACUCUUACUGAGAUAGAGGGGCGAUGAAAUAAAUCUUUAGUUUGAGCUGUAUCGAAAUGCUCUCGAAGGAAACAAUACAUUACAUACAUGAAUCAAAGACUAUUGUAAAAUGUAUGGUCCAACAAGUUAGAGAUGACAUUUUUCUUAGAUAAAGUAGAGAUGUAUCACGUGUUGCCUAGUA